UUAGGUAUGAGCCGGUGUCGGUGUCCAGUAAGGCCACUUCAGCUUCAAGCUGCUGCAAGUCAAUACACACGACACCAGAUCUAUCGGUGCUAUCCGUCUGAUGCAGCGUGAUGUACCUUCUCUGCAGCCUUCCAGAGAAAUGCCUCAACUUUAAGUCUGAGGACACAGAGACAUAAGAACAAAUGCACAAAGGAGAGGACUAAGGAUGCCUUUACCUUCGAAUCGUGAGGUCCUCAAUGGCCUUAUUCUGUAGCAUGAAAAGCUCCGGAUUCUAUCCCUGGCAAGUAAGGAUGUGUGUAUGUGAGCAUUUGUUGUCUGUCAUUAGGUUGAUUGCAUGCUAUGAUGAGAAGACCUCAGUGCGCUCGGCUGCGAUGAGAAGAGUGAGGACCAUGUGGACCCGCACCGGAGCUUGCGAGAGGAUUCGACCAAAUCAAGGUACGCAUGGGGAGACAAGACGUGUGUGCAUACUGCUCAUCUCUUACACUGAAUUCGUCAAUUUCAUGAAGUGUCCCUUCGGUAAGGACAUCACAUCGUGAUUACCUGAUACGAACAUACACAUGCAGAAACGACCUAUGUACCCGUGCUUGUCCAUUUUAUGCCUACCAGUGAAAGGCUCCCACAUGUCGCUCCCAUCGCCCUUGCAGAUGCUGUAUUUGUACUCCAACCUCCCUCCAGCAGGCAGCAGCAGCUGCUUAAUGCGAGAGCGUGCGGGAAGAGUUUGAGGCAU